GGCGUCCUGACAGCAGAACCCACGCGUGUCCUGAAGUGAAGGAGAUCUGCACUGGUCGGAGACUCUUCAACUUCAUCAUCUUCAUCAGUAUCUGAUGGCGUGUUUCUUCAGGAGGAGUGCGGCUUUGCAGUUAGCGAAGGCCUGUGGUCAGAAUGAGGAGACGCUCAUCCCGCUGAUCUCUGUGGCACCAGUCAACAGGAGACAAUGUGUGGCAGAUCUGCGUGUGUCAGUCAGUCAUCUUCUGCAGAGCGGAGCUGUUCGUCCUGAUGGAGACCUGCAGAACACCACACACACACUGGCCCGACAGAUCAGACCGGAUGCUGUGGUGGAGGAGGUCAUCGCCGGCCGAGGAGUGAUUCACUUCAGACUUAACAAACUCCUCCUGGCGCAGAAACUGUUAGAUCAGCUGCGCUCAGAUCCGGACGGCUUCGGUGUGCAGAGUGAAAUCCUGCGCCGGCUUCGGGUCGGCCGGACACUGGUGGAAUUCAGUUCUCCAAACAUCGCCAAGAAGUUCCACGCUGGACAUCUCAGAUCCACCAUAAUCGGAAAUUUCAUUGCCAACCUAAAGAAGGCUUUGGGGAACGAGGUGAUCCGAGUCAAUUAUCUGGGUGACUGGGGAAUGCAGUUCGGUCUGUUGGGCUCAGGGUUUGAACGAUUCGGCUCUCAGGAGAAGCUAAGGAGGCAGCCACUGGAGCAUCUGUUUGAGGUGUAUGUGCAGGUGAACCGCGAGGCGGAGAGCGAUGCCAGUGUGUGUUCGGCUGCUGCUCAGUUCUUCAGGCGUCUGGAGCAGAGCGAGGAGCAGGCGCUGGAGCUGUGGAGACACUUCAGGGAGAUCACCAUCCAGGAGUACAAGCGCAUCUAUCAGCGUUUAGGAGUGGAGUUUGAUCAUUACUCUGGAGAAUCUUUUCAUCGCGCUCAAACACAGACUGUGCUGGACGAGCUAAAGAGCAGAGGCCUGCUGAAGACCUCACAGAAAGGAACGGGUGUGGUGGAUCUGUCUGAGACGGGCGACAUGUCCAAUUACGCCACACUGGUCCGCAGUGAUGGGACAUCCCUGUACAUCACCAGAGACGUGGCAGCGGCGCUGGACAGGAAGCAGAGGUUUGGCUUUGAUGAGAUGAUCUACGUGACAGAUAAGAGUCAGUCUGUGCACUUCCAGCAGCUCUUCCACAUCCUGCAGGCCAUGGGGCAGCAGUGGGCCGACAGGUGUCAUCACGUGGCGUUCGGCCUGGUGCAGGGCAUGAGCACUCGACGUGGGGAGGUGCUGUUCUUGGAGGACGUGCUGGAGGAGGCGCAGAGCCGGAUGAUCCACAACAUGAGGCAGUCCCGCACUUCAAAAGAGCUGGAGGAUCCGGACCUGACUGCAGAGAGAAUCGGCAUCAGUGCUUUAAUCGUACAGGACUUCAAAGGGCCGCUGAUUUCUGACUACAGGUUUGAAUGGGACAAAGUCCUGCAGGCGCAAGGAGACACGGGUGUGUUUCUGCAGUACACACACGCUCGCCUCUGCAGUUUAUUGCGGCAGCAGGACUGUGAGAGCUCCUGCUCGGACUUCUCUCCUCUAUUGGACAGCAGGAGUGUGUCGCUCCUCCAGCACCUGCUCAGGUAUGAUGAAGUGCUGCUUCAGUGUGCGACCGACCUGCAGCCCAGACACCUGGUCAACUUCCUCAUGACUCUAAGUCAUUUGGUGGCGUCGGCUCAUCGAGAGCUGCCUGUGAAGGGCAGUUCAGCAGCGGUGGCGCAGGCCCGACUGUGUCUGUUCAGCUCUGUCCGCUCAGUUCUGGCCAAUGGCAUGAGGAUUCUGGGCAUCACACCGGUGGAGAAGAUGUGAAUAGUUUGUCAAUAAUUAAAAGUGUUUUUUUUUUUUCA